AUGAAGAAGCUGCUAAUGAAAAGUCUGUUUAGAGUCUCACUGCUUUUUGCGUAUACCUUGUUUGGAGGAGGCCUUUUCUACUGCAUUGAGAAAAAGCCCGAAGACAAUAGGGAUGUUUAUUUAAGACUCUCUCGAGAGCUGCAAACAAACUUUACAAACAGGUUCAAUGUUUCUAUAAAGGAGAACGAUUUUAAAAGUUUCAUCCAUAGAGCUUUCGAAGUGGUCCAAGUUGGUCAUAAAGCGGAUUGGAGCUUCCUUAGUUCCCUCAGCUUUUCGCUGACAACGUUGGCGACUGUUGGUUAUGGCCACAUUACACCAGAGACUCCAUUUGGAAAAAUCGUCACUGUUUUAUAUACCUUUGUUGGUGUUCCUCUGACGAUGCUAACUCUGAAGACAAUGGGUAAAAUGGUUUCCAAACUGGUUUAUGACUUCGUUUACGCAAUCGAGACAAAGUUGCUUAGCAGGACACGACCUCGAAACAUUAAAAAGAAGAGUGUUUUUGUGACAUUUGCUCUCAUGAUUCUGACCGUUUGUCUCGGUGGAUUAGAAGGAAUGUAUGUGGAAGGUUGGACUUUUGUAGAAGGCUUUUACGCAUGGUUCGCUACACUUUCCACUCUGGGUUACGGUGACUACGUUCCCGGAUGGAGUGUGCUUUUACAAGUUGAAGAAUCUUCAAAUCCAAAAUCUCAGUUAAAUCUUGUUUUGAUCAUCUUUAUUUCAGCUCUCCCAAGCAUGGCAGCUCUGUGUGUAGUUGCUGGUUUUUUAAACUCACUCGCUGAAACCAUUGAAGAGUUAAAAAUCAAAUCGAACGCUCGGAAUCUCUUUCUUGGGCAUCAUAACAAGAUAAUGGAAACUGGAAGUACAUAUAGCAACGAAGUAAUUUGCGGUUCCAGAAGAGCGCGAUCGGCCACUUUGUAA